CAUGUCGAAUGUACAACAACAAAAGAAGAUGGUUGAGCAAUUAAGACUAGAAUGCUCUAUGGAGAGAAAAGCUGUCUCACAAUGCGUUAAGGAUAUGAUUCAUUUUAUGGAGGAGAAUAAUAAUAAGGAUUUCCUUGUUAUCGGCUUUGCGAAUAAGAAAGAUAAUCCAUACCAAGAGAAGAGUGGAUGUAGUGUUCUGUAG